AUCAUUCAAAAAAGCCGAUAGUGACGAAAUUAGUGACGAGUCUCGAUUGUGAGAAAAAAAAAGCGCGCUACGUUUUUUGGUGGGAAAGUUUUGAAAAGUAAUAAGACAUGAAAUCGGUACUACCAGUGUUUGUUGUGUUGAUUGUUAUGGUUGGUUUUAACCACGUAAUUGCCAGGCCAAACAACAGAAUUAAACGAGUGUCAGAUUCACAUUUAGCAGAUCUAGAAACUAAGAUCGCCAUGAAUAACAGAAUCAAAGGUUUCGCCAUAACCAUGCCGAUAGGAGGUGGGAAAAUAGAUCCUUUGCAAAUUGGUAGAAAACGGCGAUCCGGUGUGGAAACCAGAUUUCUAAGCCCGUUUUAUCAACAGAAAAUAGAAUCAUCAUCAGAAGAAGACAAUACAGACGACUACGAAUAUAUUUAUAACAAUAAUUAUCUACAAUAGAAUAUUUUAGAGUUAAUUUUUGGAAAAAAUAUAUCAUUCGAAAGCAAUGAAUAUCAAAAUAAUCAACAAUCUUAAUGUACUAUAAGGAAUUUGAAAUUACCAACAAAGGAGAGACAAAAAUAAGCAGUAGUAUUUAAAUGUGUAGAGAUGUACCAGAAUCUUGAAAAAAAUUAAUUAACACGUUAACUGACUAAAUUUUUUACCUAUUAAAACACGCUUUGGUAUUUUUCACAAUCUAAGGAAGUGCCUUCACUACCGAAAUUUAUAAAAUUCAGUUAAUUUCAACGCUUGUUUAUUUAGUUUAUAUAAUACGCAAUGUAGCCGAUUGAAAAUAUAAAAAUUGCGAUUUCUAACAAUUAUUGAACAAAUUUCGUGGAUAUAUACGAGAGCCGUUUUUUUUUUUAACCUCCGAUAGACUAUAAUUAAAAAUCAAGUUCAUAUAAAACCAUAAUUUCAUUGCCAACGAUUAUUUUUCGACAUAAUCACCGAAGAAAUUGGGACGUUUGUCAUAUCUGCGGACAAUACCCUCCUCAAAGAAAGUUGCUACCAAUAAAUUCAAGUAAAGUACAAAACAGACCUUGAAACUUUUGGAAAUUCCGUACACAAAGCAGUAAUGGUCAAUCUGUUAACCAUUCUGUCAACUCGUUGAACCAGGUCAUAUGAAACAACAGAUUUGCGUCCUUGGCACCCUUCAAAAUGCACAUCUUUAAAUUUUCGACACCGUUCACGUACAACACCAUCACUCAUGAAGUUUUACCCAUUCACAUUUGGCGGGAGUAUCAAUAAUGGCGGACGUGUUUACGAGGCUGUAGCACAACGCCGACUGACGCCUGAAUUGUCAACAAUGGCGGAGUGUGUACUGUGAAAGCUUCGCAGUCGUCUACAGUCGCUUUCUUCUACCAGCGUAUCGUCUGCACGGAACGAUCGGAGGUUGAAAAAGUCUUGUAUUUCACUUUUUCUAUUACUGGGACCUGGUAUCUUAUUCUUUUAGCUACUAUGAUAGGAUGCAUGGACUAUCAAUCCAUCUUUUACUAGGUGUAUCAUGGAUGUCGUGCCAAAUAUCAUCUAAGCAAAUUAUCAUUCGGUUUUGCGAUCUAAUUGUAUUUAUUUUUUCAAGGGCUGUAACUUCAGUUUACCUUUUGUCUAUUCUUUUGAAAAAAAAAACCCUAAACGACAUAGAGUAUGCCCCAUUAUUUUUUGCCUAGACAUUUCUUAGAUCGCGAAUAUUUGUAUAAAAUACAAUACUGAGAGAACUAAAGAUUGCACAGGUUAAUGCAGGAAGGAAUUUCGUUCUUCCUGAAUUAACUGUGGAAAAAAAAUGUUUUUUGGUUAAAUAUCAGAUCUCGUAAACAUUCUGUUGAUUUUUCGAAAACGCAUAAAAAUAGUUUAUUCACAAAUUUUUCAUACAAUUAUACCUAAUCCUUCUGUUUUUGUCACUGCUUUUCAAGACAUUUGAAUCUGCUUCUUCUGAUUUUUCUUUUACUAUCCAUUUUUUUUUAUUAAAGGAAUUUGUACGUGUACAUAUAUCAUAUACCACGUGUAUCAUAUAUGUAUAAAUUAAUUUUUUUUCACAAGUUAGACUGGCAGUAAACGUGUUAAGAGUCGCGUAGUUCACAGAAUAAUCAUUUAUAUUGGUACCAUGCCGGCAGUGAACGUGUUCAAAAUGAACAAAUAUCGGGAUGAUAUGAUAAAGCUAUCAAAUAAUCGUUCGUUUCGAUACCAUUUUUAGAAAAAAAAUUCAUUGUUGAUUGAAUCUAGUGCAAACUAGCAGUUUACGUGUUAAUUUGACUAAAUUCGAAUUCAAAAUUAAUAUUUAGUCGUUAAUCAUGGUAAAUUAAAUUAAAAGUCACAGUCAAUUUUGCAAAUCAAUAUUAUAAUAACUUUACAAACACAAGACUAUAACUGAAAUGAUUUGAAAUUCUUGUUAAACUCUUUCAGAAAUUAAAAGAUAUUUGACAUCUGACAGCUGCAGGAAUGUGUGAAUUAUAUAGGACUAGAAAACCAUGAUAAGAAAACAAUUGCGUUUUGUUCAAUUCUACUUUAAGACUGAAGUAUUAGGCCCCUUUAACCACACUUAAAAUUCCACCAUUUCUUUAUGUUUGUGUUCAUUAACUAACAGUAGAUUUAAAUUUGCUUGAAAUAAUUUAAAGAAAUGAUACAUUUGAGUAGUAUUUUCAAGAUUUUGGUAAUGUACUAAUGUAAACAAUAUCUAUAUAUGAAAAUAUUGAUUAAAUUCCAGUUAUAUGAUUUACCAAUAUUCAAAUUGUGCUGGAUAGUAUAAGCAAACAAUAUAUUUAUGGAGAACAUCCACAAAUUCAUUUAAAAUAUCGUUAAAUUAGUUAAUGUAUUCCAAAUUAAUACGUUACUGCUUCAGUACUGAUAUUCCUUUAUAAAUGUAUUGUUUAUAUGAAAUUGCUCUUUUUGUCACUUCCAUAACCUAUUCAGUAUUAUAUUGUAAAAAUUCUAGUCGAUAGAUUUAUUUUUCGAUGUAAAAAUGUUAAGAAAAUGUCAACUACAUAUUUAUUAAUCUAUUUAUUCUAAUUUAUAUUUUUUUGUAGUAAAUAUUUAAUCACUGUAUUAUUUUAUUUUAAUAACAAACUAGUACUUACUUUUUUAUGUUAAUCUGAAUUAAUUUUUAUUAAUUUUCGUUGCAGUAAAAUUAUAAUAUUGUUAUAAUUUUUAAAUAAAAACUCUGUUGACCAAUAUAAAUAAAUAAACGUUGUGUUUUGUGUCA